CCACUUUACAAUACUUGCGUAUUUACCUGAACACUUCGCUUGGUGGCGUCGAUUUGCUUUUUUUCGCUUUUGCCUGUACCCUAUCUGAGAAAAGACUUCAAGAACGCCAACAGAGGCAACUAACGUGACCAUCGCAUGAACGGCAAGAUGGACCGUCGCAAAAAGCGCACCUCCUCCGAGCAAUACCAGAUGUACAUAGAUAUGAUGGAGUCCGACCCUAUUUUCGCCACCGGGCGGCUUCCACGCGAUUGCGAUGUCAGUUACUUGACCAAGAAGUGGAAGGAGCUCUCCGACAAGCUUAACAAAUGCAGCUCCGGUCCCACACUCACGGCAGAGGAGUGGCGAAAGCGCCUGAAUGACUGGAAGAACACCACCCGCUGCAAGUACAGACGCAGUCUUCAGUCAACGGACAAGGACAUAUCAAUGACGACCCUAGAGAUCCGGGCUCUGGACCUGUUUGGCAAAGUCCCCAGCACCACCGGCGAUGCUCUGGUAAACCUAAAGUCCGAGAAGGAUGAAAACGACGACGAAAUGGAGGAACUGGGUCAACGCACAUCGGCAGCCUUCCAAAAGGAGCUACAGGCAGCUGUAGAGGAGGCCAUUAACGAGGAGGACGAGGAUGAGAUGGUAGAAGAGCACGUAGAUCAGGAGGACAUGCUGGACGAUGGCCUGGCGGACAAUGGCGGCGGCAUCGAAGGUGCUGCAGGGGCCACCACAGCAGUGAACACAGGCGGCGGCACUUAUCGUACCAUUGUCGUGGACAACACCUCCUACGAAUCCGUGGAAGACGAAGGGCAGGAGGUGAUCCAUCAUCCCGUAGAGUUUGUUACCACGAGACGCCAAGCAUCUGCGGUUAUCAACGCCGGAACAGCCACCUCCGCUAGCAAGCUGAUCAAUGGAGAGCUGCCCGCAAAAAGGAUGCGCACACAGGCCCGGGAUCAGAUCAUCUACGAAGUUAAAAACGCGCCGCGUUGUAUUUCGAACAUGCAGGCGGUGCCGCCGUUGCACAACACAAAGCUGGAUCGGGAACGAGAGCCCAGCUCGCUGACCUCCGCGCUAACCAGCAACGAUGCCCAACAGAUUGCGCAACAGCUGAAGCGGCUGGCCGAUAUCAAUAACGAAACACUGCAGUUUGAGAUAGCGCGCUUCAAGUUCAACAAUCCCGGUUUCCAGUACAACGCGCCAUCGUUAUAGUGCUUUGGGCAGCAGGCCAGAAAGUCUCAACAGUCCGCAACGCUGCAGCAACAGCCGCAGGAGUAGUCGAAACGGAUUCAGUAGCGAAUAGAGCAGAUCAGGAGGAGCUAUAUAAGACGGAAUAUCUCGAAUUGUAUUGUGUAGAUGUGGAAUAAAGGUCGCCGACAAUGUGUAUCCAUCUCCUGCAUGGUCUCUGCCGGAAGCAGAAUCGUAAUUUAUAGUAGCCAGAUUAGAUUAAAAUUUACAAAUAGUCUUUUAAAAGUGUACUCGAUUUAUUAUCCUUCACAACACAUUGCAUUACGAUAUCCAUAUGUGUAAGUUUGAAAAUGAAUUAAAAAAAGUAAAUUGGACAAGUAAUUUUAACACGUUUUAUGUAAAUGUAAAGAAUAAAGUUUACCAAUGAUAAA